AUGUUCUCCGCGCCGGCGAUCCGCUGCAAUACAUGCCGACUGAGGAGUUUGAUCCGGAUCCAGCAGUUGUCGAGGAGUAGGAAGGCUGUUGCGGGGUUUGCGACGUCGGGGGUGAGGAGUUUCCCAAGAGCGACGACGAAGAAGAAGGGGAAGACAUCUCCAUCGUUAUCCAUCCGUCCUGCGCCUCCGACGACGACGAACGCCCGCGAUGGACAAGCUUUCUUAAGUCAAAGACAACAAGUCCACCUCAUCGAAUCCCUCUACACGUCCGGGCAGAUCACGCGCGAGGAAUGGCGGGAGAGCGUGUGGAUCCAGGCGGGGUUGAGGGAGGAUCGGGAGGGGAGGGUUGCGGGUAAGGAUGGAGGGGUGGUGAGGGGUGGUGGGGUGGAGGAUGAGAUGAGGAGGUUGAAGGAGUGGUAUAAGGGGGUGGAGGAGGUUCCUGGGGAGUUGUUGGAAGAGGGGGAGAGGGUGGUUUAUGUGAGGUUGUUUGGGGGUGUGGGGGAUUUGGAGGUCGGGAGGGGGGUUGUGGGGGAUGAGGAGGUGGAGGAGGAUUGGGGUGUGGAGGGGACGGGGUUGCUGAGGGAGGGGAGGGAUGGGUUGCUUGAGGAGGUUGUUUUUGAGGAGGAGGGGGAGGGUGUUGAGCACAAGAAGAGGAGGCGGAAGAGGGGAGAUGAGGUUUUGGUGGGGGAUAUCACAGCUGCUUUGGAGGGGAGGGGAGAGCAAGAGGAGGAUGCUGCUGAGACGAGGAAAGGGAAGAAGAAUAACUGGGAGACGGCGAUGGUUAAGGAUAUACAUAAUAGCAUGGAGUCAACACAAGAGGACAAAGAGGAGAGUAUGCUGGAUACAGACGCAGUGGAAGUGGACGAGUCUGAUUCCGAGGAUGGUGAUUUCCUACGAACACACCCUCUGACCGCUGCGAACAGAUUCGAAACAUCGCCUUCUACCCUCAACAUGCCACGCCAUACCCUCACGGAGCCCAUCGAAACGAUGCUCGCCAACAUGUCGAACAAGCAUAUCCACGAACACGCUCAUCGAAUCUUUGGCGGUCCCGGACUGCCUUACUCAACAUCGACGCCCCUCCGAGGGAAACCGAUGCCAGAAAAGCCCAUUGCGUUGGACGCGUAUCAAUCUCAAAUGGCGCCCAUUGAGGCGGAUGUGUACAUGGCUUCACUUAUUCCUGGAGUCUAUGCUAGCGUCAUGUCGGUGCUGGUUGAGACGAGGAAGAGGUUGGGAACGCAGUGGGCGAGAGAGAUUGUUGAGAAAGCAGAGAGGGCCGAAUUGAGGAUUUUGGAUGCUGGUGGUGGUGGUGCGGGAGUGCUUGCUGUCAGGGAGAUGAUCCGAGCUGAGUGGGAGAUCGCGCACGAGGAGUCUCACGGCGAGAUUGGAAGUUCCAUGGCGAUGGCUGAGGUUGACGGCAAGGCUGGCGGUGAAGGGGUAAGAGCACCUCUGGGCCAGGCUACGGUCUUGACUGGCUCUGAUACUUUGCGGAAACGUGCGGCGAAACUUCUGGAGAAUACGACGUUCGUUCCUCGAUUGCCGGAUUAUAUCCACACGGAAGCGGCGAAACACAAAGGCAAGUUCGAUAUUGUCAUUGCGCCCCAUACGUUGUGGCCUUUGAAGGAGGACUACAUCCGCAAGACGCACGUACAGAAUCUGUGGAGUCUUGUUAGCGCUGAUGGCGGGAUCCUACUAUUGAUGGAGAAGGGCGUACCUCGCGGUUUCGAGAUGGUUGCUGGCGCGAGGGAUAUGCUUCUCGAGACGAAGAUCGCCUCGCCCGGUUCGACAACACGAGAACGGGAAAUCAACGAAUUCGUAUCAGAAGACGAAGCCUCCUCAUCUCAACUCCCGAACGCAAUCGAAAAGGAAGAAGCGAUGAUCAUCGCGCCCUGCACGAACCACGCUGGAUGUCCGAUGUACCAACAAAAAGGCAAAGUCAAAGGACGAAAGGACAUCUGCGCUUUCUCCCAACGCUACCACCGCCCUCCCUUCCUCCAGAGAAUCUUCGGCGCCAAAGGCAAAAACCACGAAGACGUCGAAUUCAGCUACCUGUCCCUCCUGCGCGGGCGCGACCUCCGCUCUAAGAACUCCACACCUACCGACGAAGUCCCAGUGCCCAUCGAGCAAUCCUCGCACACAACCGACCUCGCCUUCGCCGGCCACGCCACCACCACCCCUACACCACACCCCCUCACCCUGCCCCGCCUCGUCCUCCCACCCCUCAAACGCAAAGGCCACGUCAUCCUCGACCUCUGCACGCCCGCCGGCACCCUCGAGCGCUGGACGGUGCCCCGCUCCUUCUCCCGGCAAGCCUACCGGGACGCGCGCAAAGCCUCCUGGGGCGACCUCUGGGCUCUCGGCGCCAAGACGCGUGUCCCGCGACGGGCGAUGGUGCGGAAGCAGGUGAAGGACGCGAGGGAUGGAGUCGGGAAGGAGGUUGGUGGGGAGGGGGAUUUGGUGGGGAGUGAUGAGUUCGGGAGGGUGGUUUUUGAUCGUGAUGGUGCGGAGGAGAAGGUUUUUGAGGGGGGGAGGGUUAGGGGGGGUGUGAAGGUUAAGGGGGUGAGGGAUAAGAGGGAUAAGAAGGGGGAUGGGAGGGGACGGAGGAAGAAUAAGAAUUAG